UCACAUUCCAUUCUACAACUUGCAAGUAAUCCUUUUCGUCGAGUCUAGUGCUGUUUAUCACAUCGACGUCAUCAAUCCUCCUUCCCAAUCCCACGCACGCCACAAUGUCCAACGCCACAGACAAAGCGCUGCUCGCAGAUCUAAAGCAAGACGAAAUCAACGCCAAAGCGUCCAACGAGUCGCAGGCAACGAAAGAGCAUCUCGCAGGAGCCCAAGGCAAACUAGCAUCAGCCAUAGCCCAAUCCUCCGGAGCGACAGACCUCAACGCAGGGCAGAGGAACGUAUCCCGCGAAGUCGACGCGAGCGGAGGGACGGUAGAUCGGGAUCAACUGCAAGGAGCGUUGGAGAGGCGGGCGAAAGAGGAGAUUAGUGGGCAGGAGAUGCACCUUGAGAAGGGAAGCGAGGCUGCGAGGCUGCAGAGUGCGGCGGAGCAGUACUCGCUUGCGAGGGAAGGGCGGCAGGCGCAGGGGGAGAGCUAUUUGGACAAGAAGUGAGAUU